UUCAUUCACGAUCCCUAGGAAGGAGAUGAUACUUACUUCCGCCAUCCUGAGCCAUGGCUGCUGCAACUCGCAAAAAAGCGCUGAGAUUUUUCUCUCAGUUCGGAGCUUUUAUCCUGACUCGGUUCGGCUUCUGGAACUGCUUCUGCAUGUUGAUGCUGUUCGCGGAGCGAGCGGAUGUGAAACGGAAGCCAGACAUCCAGGUGCCUUACCUGUAUUUAGAUUUAGGGGCUGCAGUGUUGUGUGCCAGCUUCAUGUCGUUUGGGGUGAAGAGAAGAUGGUUUGCUCUGGCCGCUGCCAUUCAUCUGGCCCUCAGCACAUACGUGUCUUAUGUUGGCGGACAGGUCCAUUAUGCAGACUGGCUGAAGGUGAGGAUGUACUCCAGAGCCAUGGCCAUCAUUGGAGGCUUUCUGGUGCUGGCCAGUGGAGCAGGAGAGGUUUACAGACAGAAACCUCGCACACGCUCGCUGCAGUCCACCGGACAGGUCUUCCUGGGGAUCUACUUGAUAUGCAUGGUUUACUCGCUACAGCACAGUAAGGAAGACCGGCUGGCCUACCUGGACCACAUUCCUGGAGGUGAGAUCACGGUCCAGCUCCUGGUGCUUGUGUUUGGGGUGCUAGCGCUCUCUUACCUCUCGGGCUACUACGUGCGAGUGGCAUCCCAGAUCCUAGCCGUUCUGUUACCUUUGGUUGUGCUGUUCAUUGACGGUAACAUCGGUUAUUGGCACCGCACCUGCCACGUGGAGUUCUGGAACCAGAUCAAGCUCAUCGGGCAGAACGUCGGCAUCUUCGGAGCGGUGCUUAUUCUCGCCACAGACAGCUAAAGAUACAGGGAUAUGACAACAGCUCUGUACGGGCAGUGCUUCAGACAAGCAUGUGUCUCAUGGGAACCUUUGCUGAAGAUAAAGAGGAUAAUGUUCUGAAACUGACAGAGGUGAAGGUAUCGAGGAUACAGUUCCCAGCUUGCUCUGGAAUCUGCAAGCACCAAGUCUUCAAAAGACUGUUUACAUUACGUUUGUUUCCAUUUUUAAUGCAUUAUUUAAAGAUUAAGAACGUCUAGGAGUCCUAAAUGUUAAAAUUAAAGUUGAAUGGUGAAUUAAGGGUAGUUUAGAAACACAUUUUUGUCAGUUUUGAUGUUCUUAAACUAUAUAGUAAUGUGGGAUUUUUUUCCCCCCAUGUUACCGACAUUUAAAAUGCCAUUGCAGCUUUUGCUGCUUGUAUUUAGUUUGCAUUCCUUUUAUGCCUUCUAUAAGAGCAUCACUAUUAAAAAUGUUUUGUAAGGAACCUACAAAA